AUGGACCACAUCAACCGGAUAAACCCAUUCUCCAAGAGGGAAUCCCAUAGCCCUUCAGCUGUCAUCACCUACAAGGUGUUGACAUUGCUCACAUGGCUCCUCUCUGUCGUUAUAUCUGUCUACUACACAGUCGCCUCGCCUGCCGACGAACUGAAGCACGGCCGGACCAUUCCAGGCCAGAAUUUCCUGCACCCGUCUGGCUUCAGCCUUAACUUCCCGCUCGUAGAUGCCUACUUUAUUGUGCUCUUCAUAUUGCAGCUCGGGUACAUCCUCCACCUCUUCUCGAGCGACAUCGAGAAGGUCAACGCCGCCUGCGCCUGCGGUUCCCACUUCAUCCUGAACAACCUCCUUCACUUCGCCUUCGUCAUGCUCUUCGUGCGGGGCCAUUUCGUUUGGGCCGAGAUCAUCCUCAUUGUCAACUUCUUCAAUCUCUCGUCACUCGCCUUCCGUCACCAUGCGUAUCCGCGCUUCAUCCACGUCCCCGUGGUCUCGGGCCCCACAGCGUGGACCUUCGUUGCCAUUUAUUGGAACGGAGCCAUCAUGGUGCCCCAUGAGGACAGCCUGGUAGCAAGGAUCUUUGCCAACAUCUUCGUCUGGUCCAUCCUUGCCUACGGCCUCUUCUUCAUCGUCGCCUACAAGGAUUACACGAUGGGCUUCUGGCUCAGCGUCCUUGCCGCCUCUCUGGGAGCCGCCCAGUUCCAGCGACAGAUCAUUGCGCUUCAGUGGAUCUUUGCCUUUGUCAUCCUGGCCAUCCUUUUCGUCUUGUCCUCUGUCGUGGCCAUCUCUGCCUGGACGGGCCGUGAGCUGGGCUGGGGCAAGAAGAACCAGGAUGCUGCCGAUGCCGAGCGUGCUCCGUUGCUGGCGGACAACUAA